AUGACCGGGUUCUUGCGAACAUUGCAUUUCCUUUCCCGGUGGGAUUGGCAACACGAGGCUCUAAUUAUCGAUCUUGCCGGUGAUUUAACCUCCGAGAUCACAGAGAAAAUCCGCACCCGAUUCAACGCAUGGCGUAACAUCGACCCGGCCAUGAACACACUUGCCCUUUUCGUCGCAUCCGACAUCGACAGCGAAGGCGUAACCUGGACGCAAUACGAAAUGCCGCCCAAGGUCGUCGCAGGCCGGAUGUCCGCUCUGUCCAAGGCAGCAAUGGACUUGCUCCGAAGCCAGGGUCACGAAUUGGAUGUACCCGAUCUCUUCCAAACCUCCCUUGCGCCGUAUGACUUUGUCAUCAAUCUGCGGUCGAAGAUGCUCGGAGACCGCGCUGUAUCCAAAUUCAAGAACAUUGCCGAGGCAGAGGUUUCCGGUCGUGCGAGUAAGAUGGCCAUCGUCAAGGCAUUUGUUCGUGACGUUCAAGCUUGCUACGGUUCAAGCCUGCUAUUGUUCCACGGUGAUACAAGUGCCGAUGUCGUUGCUGGUAUUUGGAACCCGCAGACGCUGAAUCCUAAGACCUGGAAUCUUAAGACUGCCUACUCUACUGCACCCGCUCCGGGCAAUGAUUCUACGCAGCAGGAUCGCGUUGUGAUUAACCAGUCUGCGAUUUUGAACGAAAUUGCCAGACUUGGAGAAGGACUCGUUGAUACGAUUGAGAGCGGUAAAGUUGGUGCAUAG